AUGACCGGUCCAGGGCGAUCGCCCUCCUCGCCGUGGGUGCAGAGUGCUCAAGGCAGAGCCAGCCAACCUUUUCAUCCUAGCUUGUCACCGUCACAGGCGAACAUGCACUCGAGCUCAGAACGACCCAGCCCCAACUACUUUGGGAUUAUGGUGGAAAACUCCAGUAAUCCUCCUACGUCGAAUCCUGGACCGCACACGCAAAAGAACUGGACAUCAUUCCAGUCCUCGUUACCAAGCCCCAAACUUCAACUGCUCUCACAGGAGUCGGUAUCAGAGGGUCUGUCCAACCUCUUGAGAACCGAAUCGGAAGUUGAUAAAGGUCGGCGCGAGUCGGCUCUACAGAAUGUCUCUUCAAACGGAGACUCACAAGUUACCCGAACAUGGACGAGAACGUCACAUCCACCAACGAUGAGUGGGCACGCAAACAACCGGAUGCAGGGACCCCAGAGUGGCAAUUGCAUCAAGCCUGGACAGAAUCCAGGGGCUCCUUCACGAGGCAAGUCCCCUUUCGACAAUGACGGAGCAUCCAUAUCAUCUCGUUGGAUCACGACUGAGCGUUGCGCUGAGCUAAUCAAGUCCAAGGCACAGAAAGUGCUGCUUUUAGACGUUCGACCAUAUGCCCAUUUCUCGCAGUCCAACAUCACUGGCUCUUUGAACCUAUGCAUCCCUACCACUCUUCUCAAACGUCGCUCGUUCGACACCCAGAAACUCGAGAAUACUUUCACUAGUGAUAAUGAUAAACGCAACUUUGCUCGAUGGCGAGAGUGUGCCAUGAUUAUCGUCUACGACUCUGCCACAUCGGAAGUCAAGGAUACCGUUCCCUUGAUGCAUGUCAUUACCAAAUUUCAGGCCGAAAACUGGGAAGGGGAGGGCUUGAUCUUGCAGGGAGGGUUCAAGGCACUCUCGAGCCAGUUUCCGCAAUUCGUUCACCGACCACAGGCACAGACGGCAGGGCCGUCUCCGAGGAAGAAGCGCUCACCGAUGAGCAUCGAUCUACAGUCUAUCGCUCCGGUCGUCGGGGGUUGUGCUCUGCCCGAUUCCUCGUCCGCCGUCAAUCCUUUCUUUGGCAACAUUCGACAGAAUAUGGAUCUCAUGGGAGGAGUCGGACAAAUACCUUUGAAGCUACCAGAUGGCAUGACGGAAACGCAACGACGGGAGCUCCCCUCAUGGUUACGAGAUGCAUCGGAGGUCAAGGAUCAAGGGCAGCUUGUCUCUGAAAAGUUCUUGGAUCUAGAGAAGAAGGAACUAGAACGGAUGAAGCAGGCGUUGACGUACGACGGAAAUUCGGCGUCUACUGGUGGUGCUACCAAGAAGUAUCGCGUUGCAGGGAUUGAGAAAGGCACGAAGAAUCGCUAUAACGAUAUCUAUCCAUUCGAUCACUCUCGGGUCCGUCUUGAGGGCAUCCCGUCGGGGGCCUGUGACUAUGUGAAUGCAAAUCACAUCCAGGCUGAGCUCAGUAACCGACGGUACAUCGCCACGCAGGCUCCAGUGCCCGAUACCUUCAAUGACUUUUGGCGCGUUGUGUGGGAACAAGAUGUCCGGCUGCUCGUGUCUUUGACUGCCGAGGUCGAGCGAGGCCAGGUCAAGUGCCAUCCCUACUGGAAGUCGGGAGACUAUGGGCCUUUCAAGGUCAAGGCCUACUCAGAGAGAUUUGUCAAUGUGAAUGCCAAGGACCGGCCCAUUGAUCCCACGGUGAAAUCCCCUGUCCGGUCUGGCCAGCAAGCACAGAGUUCGGACGCGUCGAACGAGAACCCCGUCAUCAUUGUACGACACUUCAGUCUCUACCAUACUGCAUUCCCGUUCCAACCUCUACGAGAUAUCACUCAACUCCAGUAUCCCUACUGGCCAGACUUUGGAACGACAUCCCAGCCGGCCCAUUUGUUGAAUCUGAUUGAACAAUGUAACAAGGUCAUCCGGGCCACCAGCACCUCCAAAUUUGGAAACCAAGAUGCCGAGCCGAAGGGCCAGCGGCCGAUUCUGGUCCACUGUAGCGCAGGCUGUGGGCGCACAGGAACCUUUUGCACAGUGGACAGCGUCCUUGAUAUGCUGAAGCGACAGCGCAUGAACAACCCGGCUUCUAACAUCGGGGCUUUAGAAAACCCGAGUCUGGACCUGAUCGUCAAGACCGUGGAAGACUUCCGAACCCAGCGACCCAGCAUGGUUCAAAACCUGAGUCAGUUCGUGCUCUGCUAUGAAAGUGUACUCGAGUGGCUCGUCUCCCGGAUGGACGACGAGGAUGAUUGA